GGAGAACUUGAUCUUGACCAGCACGUUUGGAUUCAUAGAGGGGAAAAUUAAAGUCACAUUCUGAGUAGCAACUACCAAGAAGGUUUCAUCUACAUUACCCACGGCCAAACUUGGAUAUUUAAACCUCAUAUCAACCAUUUUUGGAACUUUUUUCUUUUUUGCCUAAUUAUUUGAUCCCCCUUUUUAUUUUAUCCCCCCCACACCUUUGGGAUUCAACCCUCGCCCGGUCCGUGCGGUCGUCUCCUCCUUCCCAGAGAGGGUGUAGAGUUAACGUUGGCCCGGAGAUGCAGUCCCUUCUCCCGCUUGCUGUGUAUUGCAUCAGCCUGGUUUCCCUCCAGCAGCCGCUGGUUCAGGCGGCAAAGGAGGAACCCGACAGCUACAGGCUGGACCUCCUCAACAAGCUCAUAGACCAGAGAGAGGAUAAAAGCUCAGUGUCAGGAAGCCAGACUGACAUCGUCGUCCCCUCCUCAGCCCCUAGCCGAUCCCCAAAAUUGCUUCCCGGUUUCCUGAGACACCAACCAGCUUCAGGAAUGAGAGCAGCCUCGCCAGGCCUGGCGUGGGCACGUCCCGUUGGUACCUCACAGAUCGAGCUGAGGGCGCCAAGAGCUCGUCGCCAUGCCCACUCUGGAUCACGUAAUGGUCACCACUAUCCCCAACAUGCCCAACUGAUGAGAGUGGGUUGCGUCCUUGGAACCUGCCAAGUGCAGAACCUCAGCCAUAGGCUCUAUCAACUCAUUGGCCAGAGCGGCAGAGAAGACUCGUCCCCCAUCAACCCCAGGAGCCCCCAUAGUUAUGGAUGAGUUAGUUGAUACCCCCAAACACGAGUCUAUCUAUAUCUCCAUUUAUUUAUCUUUUAAUGUAUUACUGGUAUUCUUUGCAUUAGAGUUUGAUGUAGUCCAUAACUUCUGUUUAUCUAUCUCAAAAUGACAAUUAUACUUCCCAUAAAAGACUGUCAUGGCUCUCUACUUUUUCUGCUGAUUGAUGGAUUUGAAGAUUCAAAUUCAAGAUCAUGACCGACUGAAUCACUUUUAAAACCCCCAAUUUGAGUUCUCCAACCAUCCUGAGAACUUUUGCCUUUUUAAGGACGUUCAAAUCUCAUCAAAGUAUUUUUGGUUCUCCCUUCUGAACGCUCAAAAGAAGGUCUCACUUUGACGUCCUAAUCCUGUUAAUAUUAGAAUGAAGGCUUGGCCUCAACACCAUCCAGUGACCUGGUCCUGUCUGCCAACUGACCUCUCUGGCGGUGGUUAUUCCGCAGCUCAUUGAUCAAACACUUAAGCCCCUAAUGUGGAUUUCAACCUGCACUCAGAGCCGGGGCCCUGUCAAAACCAAUGUAUUCCCAGAGACCCCGUAAAUGACCCAACAAACCCUUUUACCUCUCUUUUUUGUGCCCUCUCUUUUUGUCAACAUUGCAAUUCCCAGGUCUUUUCACAACUGGAUAUAGAAUUACAAUAUGAACACUGACAACCCUAGAAUAUUCCACGAGCGUUGAGUUGAACGGGGAAUUCGUCACUCAGCAGGAGCUUUGUGUUUCAGGACCAGAGUUUACAGUCGAAACCAGCCACAGCACUUGGGUUACACCCGAGUUGAAGAGCAUUCUGAGUCAGGACUUGACCACAUAAACUCCACAAUGAACAUGAGAAAAAAGAGGUUGAGCAUCCAGUGCCUUGGACAGAAUCAACACAGAAACUCUCGUCCCAAAGGAUCAGUUUCAGUGUUGCAUUAUAGUAGCCAGUUGGUCAGCACAGUAGGGGGUAAAGUGAGCCUUGGAGCCACCACUGCUGGCAUUUUCCCCGCCGGAGGCAGGGUCUGAAAUAUUAGCUUUUUCACGUGAUUCAUAAGUUCCCCUUGCAAGUCAGGACUUUGGGUUGACAGUUUAAUAAAACUGACCUAAUCACUUCAGGCAUAUAUACAGCCACAACAGGGGGGGGGCUCAGUUUCCCAUGGUCUGCAAACUUAAUGCUAAUACAUAACUAUAAAGAGCAAGUCAUGUGAAGUUCACAUCGCCUUGAAGUUCGCAUAUAUUGAAGGUCAGCUUCUCCAAAAGAAUAUAAAAUCCCUGUACUUUGCAGCAUAUUUUGGGUGAUUUUCCAGAGUAACAUGGAUUCUUAUUCUGCAAAGAAAUGUUGCUGCUGAGCUCUUUUGAAUGCCAUUUUUUAGUGCUGUGACAAAAUCCCAUUCCCCUCCAUUUGUAUUGGGGAGAAGGUAGAGAUCUCUAAAAGUGAGUCCAACAGUGAUGUUGCAGAAAGGUGGAGAAAUACAGGUCAACUCUUCCUACAUUUCCUACAGGCAAUACUUGACAAGACAGGGCACCCUUGUUGUUCACAUGUAGUAUGUUAAAGGGUUAAAACUAACCCCUGAGACGACUGUUACAUUGCGGGUUUCUUAUGGGACACCACAGCGACCAAAAUGUUCAGUGUGCCCAAUUUCAAAAAUACAUGCCCUGACAUUUUCCUCCUCUCUAUGUACGCUCCGGCUCUGAAAUGGUGGGUGGGCGAUGGACUGAGAAAAACUGAGGUCAAGCGCUACUCAUUAAGCGUGCUUAAAUUUGACAGGCCUUAAAGAAAUGCAACCAUAUGUAUAAAAGGCACAUUUUUUGGCGAGAAAUGUAAUUAUAUGACAUAUUUCCAUGCUUUUGAAAAGCUUUUAUUCCAAGACUGUACUAUAUGGCAGCUUGGUCCUAACCUGCAGAGUGAUUGGUAGUAGGAAUACAGUCAUUUAGAUGAUCACAUAGUAUUUUACCCUUUGUUAUAUAAUUUCACAAACAUGAAAAUUGUCUAUUCCUUAAGAGCAUUAGUUUAAACUCACCAAAUACCUGGCAAUACUUGACAAACCGAACGACUUUACAUGUGACCUACAUCAUAUAAUAAUGUGUCCUUUUAUAUCUUAAUCUGUGUCUUCUGAUUGUACUUGGGUGUCUUUCUUUUUACAUUUAGUUGUCUUCUCUCCUCCGUCUGUAAUCGUGGAGGUCACAGGGUAAUAAUCUGUGGUUCCUUGGUCUUAAAUCUAAUCUGUUCAAAGGCUUGCUGAGGUCAAACAUGCCAUUCUCUCUGCUGUAACCGAGCUAAUCAAUGUCUCGUGACGGAUCAUUAAAAGGCUUUUCAAACGCUGAAAAAUCCUGGUGGACCUCUCUGCUUUUUAAUAGUGUUCUAUUUCACACACACACGUGACGUGUGCGUGCGUAUGUGUUGAGCUGCUUGUACGUAGCCUAUCAGGACACUUAUCUCCUGUGUUUGAACUGUGCUCUGGACCAUUUUGCUCCCAGUCUUGUUUUUUUGUCUUUUUUUACAUAGUAUGUCUCUGUGACGUCAGGCAUUGCGUCACGUCCAGUUGUGGUGAGCAAACUGUGCACGACCGCGAAUACCUCCCCGUAAAAACACCUCUUUUGUUUCAUGGCUCUGUGUUGCAAAGAGGAAUGAGUGUAGAAUGUCUUUGUUAGUUUUGUAAGAUAGUGUCGAUCCAGGUCGAUCUCGGUAGCUUUCUCUCUGCUGAUUUCCUCCUUUAGGGUCACAGGAAAGCACUUUUAAUGCAAACGCAUGUGUCGAUAGUUUCCCUGAAAGUCCCCCAUUGUGAUGAACUUGUGAAAGUUGGACACGGUUCCUCUUGUAAAUGUUGCAUUCGAGAUUGUCUGCGAAUGUGUGUCGAAGAUGUCAGUGCACUCCGUGUGGCGUCAUGAUGAUUGUGAACGUCGCGUGCGCCUGUGAAUGAACAUAAAUAUAUAUAUAUAUAUAUAUAUAUAUAUUCAGCCAAACUAUUUAAAGAAAGUAAUGUAUUUAAGUUAUCUUUGUAUGUUAAUAUCUGUAUGUCACCAAAGACUAUUUAUCUCACUUAAACGUGACCGUAUGGUAGGAAAUGAAACUGUAGUUGAAAUGUUACUGUUUGUCAAUGUCCUUCACUCUGUAAAAUAAAGAAC